GCUGCUGCUGCUGUGAAUAUGAUGCAGCUCAUCUCUUUCUUCCAGCCGGCUGUGCAGAAGUAGUGCGUGCAUGGGUCUGGAAAGUUAUCUCCUCCAUCAUAUUAAUGGGAUAAUAAUGUGAUUGAUUGGUCAUCUCCCCGGGGAAAUGGUCUUUUCUGCUUCCUGAGAGCGCAAGACUCAUCAGAGAACUUGGAGCCGAGGAUCCUUGCUCAAGAUCCCCUCAGCAGGGUGAAGGCUCGGACACAUCAGGGGGGGUUUCAACCCGGGUUUGUCCCGUUUGGAGGACGGUCCUCCUUACCCCGCCGCUGCUGUGCAGUUGUCAGCAUCCUCGGUGGGGACUAAAGAGGCGGAGGAGGAGGAGGAAGGGAAGAGGAAGAGAGGGGGGAAUCCGGCGCUUCAGGACGGCUGAGUCCCGUUGCGAUGCAUGGAGGCUGCUUGGAAAUGCUCCCCGGGUCUCCGGAGCGCAUGAGGCGGUUCCAGCCGACCGACGGGCCGCAGAACCGGGGGGAUCCGGCCGCUGAUCCGCAGCUCUGCCAGGCUGCCACACCAUAGGUUCGGCUACAGGAGCACGGCUCGGUUCGGUAUCCACGGAGCGGAGGCACAUCCGCCGACAGCGCCGUGAUCUGGGAGCCUAAAGGCUGCAUCACAUCCCUGCGUCGCAGUGGUGGUGGAUACUGUGUGAGCUGUCGGGUGGCAUCUAUGCAAUUUUAUUUUGACUUUUCAUUUUAUUAUGAGCACAGAGGAGGGAGAGGCGGUUCCAGCUGGUGGGGAGGCGAGGGGAGGCACUGCCAUCACCCACCGCCACACCUGGGAUGAAGGCGAACCGCACGGCUCCCAAGGACGUCGGCACCCCGACGAUGAGGACGAGGCAGAGCAGGGAGAGGAGGAGGAGGAGGACGGAGAGGGCUGCCAGGAGGGCCGGAGCUGCAGGGAUGCAUGUGAGGGGAACAACGAGGGGAAUUUUUCCAGUGAGGAUGGGGCGGUGGGGGGCAGACCGUGCAAGGAGCAGGCGAUGCAUUCAAACUGCAGCAGCGAGACCUGCAUCCCCACUCCCAGCUGUCGGAUCUGCUUCCAAGGCGCAGAGCAGGGUGACCUGUUGAACCCGUGUCGGUGCGACGGCUCGGUGCGUUACACCCACCAGCACUGCCUGCUGAAGUGGAUCAGCGAGCGGGGCUGCUGGACCUGCGAGCUCUGCUGCUAUCGCUUCCACGUCAUCGCCAUCAACAUGAAGACACCUUGGCAGUGGCAGUCCAUCACCAUCACCCUGGUGGAGAAGGUGCAGAUCAUCGCUGUGUUCCUGGGCUCCCUCUUCCUGGUGGCCAGCAUCUCCUGGCUGCUGUGGUCGGCUCUCAGCCCGCAGGCCGUCUGGCAGCGCCGUGACGUCCUCUUCCAGAUCUGCUACGGCAUGUACGGCUUCAUGGACUUGGUCUGCGUAGGCUUGAUUGUCCACGAGGGGGCAGCAGUGUACAAUGUCUUCAUGCGCUGGCGGGCCGUCAACCUCCACUGGGACGUUCAGAGCUACGACAAAGCAAAGGACAUGGAGGAGACGAGCACUGGCCAUUCCUCGUUGGCCCCCAGGACGCUUUGGUUGCCUCUGGCCACCUUUGGGCCCAACGGACCCUUACACGCCACCCAGCUGGGGCCGCAGCCAUGGACCUGCCUCUGUUUGGCCCCCUUCUGCCCCGGCCUGGUGCCCCGAAACAAUCUCAGCCAGGACAGUGACUCAGGAGAGGUCGUCAUUCGUGUAACAUCGGUGUAACGGCAGGCGGUAUUUAUGCAGGAACAAAGCAUCUGAUGGUUUGCACUUGGUGGGAACAAUCUGGGCUUCUCUGGGCAGUUUAUAAUAUUACACAAUCUGUUGGCGUUUUUUUUUUUUUUUAGAUUCUCCUGUUGUUUUCUGAAUGAGUUAGAAUUCUUUGUGUGCUCUGGGGCCGGUCCUCAAAACAAUCUCAACAGAUAAAUGAACUCACAUGUGGUGUUGUUGCCUUUAUGUUUCAUUUUGAACCACACUCACCUCUACCCUUGCUUCCUCCAGACCAUUAUGCAGCUUUCAUGUCAUGUAGGACAGAAAGUAGUGAUGAGAAAGAUGAUCAGAUAUACGACUGGCGACCAUUCAGAUCAUCACAUGGUGGUUCAGGAUUGCAGAGUUGCUUUUAUUAGACUUUUCUGCAUUGUUUAGCUCUGGGUCAGGUAUGUGGGAGUUCUCACACAAAAUGAGUCUCCUGGUUGUAAUUAUGAUUGUGAUAUUGAUGUGAACAAGUUGCCACAUGACAUGAACGCACCAUAAAGUCUGAUGUGAAACAAAACUGAAACAAAAUAUCUCAAAAAUAUCUUCAGGUAUUCUGGUAAACCUGAGUUUUACAGUACCGUAGUUUCCUAUAAUUUUGUAGAAAGGAUCUGAUAUGUGAAUUUAUUGAAUGGUUCCUUGAGGAAAAAUUGAAUUUGGGAGAAUGAAGGCCGUUUUCAAUUGGCCUUCCCUCCAAUUUCCAAAAAUACAUAAUGAAUGAAAAUGUACCUGGGAUUAUUUGGGGUCCAGUGAAGGUCCUUUUAAUUGGUACCAAAUUAUCAGUAUACUACAGGUCUGUAAAAUAGUGUUAUUUAGUGUUUAUUGGAGGAUGCUUGCCACUUACUCUAAUGUAGACUUUGUGUUCAGACUCAGUGAAUUUAAGAGGUGGCACUAUUGCACAUUAACUCAAUGCACAUUUGAUCCAGGCAGCACAAAUUAAACUGAGCCGAGGAAGUCCAGUUGGGUUGAAAAGAUUUCAGCUUAAGGUGAUUUACAUGGACACUAGGGGUGUAACGAUACAUCGAUACAUCGAUUCAUCGAUUCAUUGAUUAACGAUCCGAUUAUAUCGAUGCAAAAUGAAAAUAUCGAUCCAUAUUGUCAUUUUAAAGAUACACAUUUAUUUUGAAAUUCACACAGCACGUCUGUGUCACCAUUUCUGGGCAAGCGCGCCUCCGCUCAAACAAACAGAGUUCAGAAAUAAAAUGGUCAAAUCAUAUUCUAGUUGUUUUUGUGAGUUGAUGUAAAUGAUUGUGUUAGAUGGACAUAUGAUAUCGCGUCAUAUCGAUCGCAGGCUCCUGAAUCAAAUCGAAUCAAAAUCGUAUCGUGACAGACUUUGUGAUAUCGGCAAACAUCGUAUUGUCAUCCAAACAAAUCGAUAUAAUAUCGUAUCGUGAUGAAGCUGGUGAUUUACACCCCUAAUGGACACGAUGCCGGGCUAAAUUAGCGAAACAAUUCUCAUCAGCUGUCCUGUUGCCAGUUUUAGCUUUACUUUGUUAACCCUCAGUUGUAUUUGGGCUGAGCUGUGUGUAGAGCCUCACAGUCACACAACAGCGUGUCUAACACCACAUGAACAUGAUUACUUAUGUUCUAUGUAAUGUUAAGCAUGUUAAAAUGCUAACUUUCAAUGCAAAUUUAAGUACGGUGUUAUUCUAGGUUUAGAACUAUACUGAAAGAGUCUGUAUAGCUUCAUAUGGAAGCCAUGGAAAAAAAAAUCCAGUAGGUCAUUGUAAUGAGAAACUUUAUCAAAAUAAUGUCUUAGUAUCUCAAAAUACUGAGCACCUUUUUUUUCAAAAUAUUGACUUAGUGUCUCAAAACAAUGAGAUUUUUUUUUCAAGAAUUACUGAAUCACUUUAAAAAUGAGUUAUCUCGAAAAAAUGACUUACUCAAAAUAAUACAUUUGUAUCUCAAAAUAAUGACUCAGUAUCUUAAGUUUGUAUCCCUAAAUAAUGAGAAACUUUUUCAAAAUAAUGAGUGUCUCGAAAUAAUGACUUUUUUCUUUUUCAAGAUAACAAUAUUGACUUAUUAUGAUGAAAUAAUGAGUUUAUAUCUCAAAAUAAUGUAAAUAUUUUUCAAAAUGAGUUAGCAUCUAAAAAAAAAGAGAAACUUUUUUCAAAUUAAUGAUUUAAUGUCAAAAAAAUUUAGUAAGGACUUUGAA